AUGAAAAAUCAUUAUAUCCCUGAUUCAUUUCAAAGAGCAUCCAAUAUUAGAGUCCCAUUAGCACCUACUGUUAAAUUCGAAAUAAAUCCAGGAAUUUUUCAAAUGCUCCCUAAUUUUCAUGGAUUGCCUUUAGAGGAACCUCAUCAGCACUUGGAAAAAUUUCAUAUGGUCUGUGAUUUAGUUAAUCUCCCUCAAGUUACACCGGAAAUUAUUAAGAUGAAAUUAUUCCCUCAUACACUUAGGGACAAAGCUAGUCAUUGGCUAUCCACAUUAGAUAGAGAAUUAACUAGCUGGAAAGAUAUAGAACAGGCCUUUCUUCGAAAAUUUUAUCCCUUAGGAAAAACUCAAAAUAUGAGAAAACAUAUAUGGAGUUUCUCUCAAAGACCAGGAGAAACUUUGCAUGAGACAUGGGAAAAAUUUAAAGAUUUACUUAGAAAGUGUCCUCAUCAUGCUAUACCCAAGUGGCAGCUCAAUAGAAUUUUAUGAUGGAUUAUUAGAACAACAUAGAAAUAUGGUUGAUUCUAUAUGUGGAGGAGCUUUUAUGGAGAAAACUCCUGAUGAGAUUUACAGUCUUUAUGAGAAUUUAAGUGAAAAUUCUAGAGAUCAAGCCUCUUUUGAAUUAUAUGACAGGGAUAAGAAGAGAGGAAUUUAUGAAUUGCAUCAUGAUGAUGAUUCUAAACUUAGAAAUGAGGUUAAUCAGAUUAAUCAAAGAUUAGAAAAAAUUGAUUUACUUAUUGACAAUAUUAGAAAGCCUUUUAACCCUCAACUUAAUUCGAAUAGUACAUGUCCUAUGUAUGGUGAAAACGAUUAUUCUGAAUUUCAAUGUUAUAAUUUAGAUCAAUCAUUUCACCCUAUGCAAGAACAAGUGCAAGUAGCUCACGGUUUUAAUAGAAACAGGGAACCUUUUUCGAAUUCUUAUAAUCCUAAUUGGAGGAAUAGUUUUUCAUGGAGAGACCCAAAUAAUAUUCAAAAUCCAGAAGCACUUAGACCCAAUUCAAACUCUGAAUUUCGUCCAAAACAAGAAAACAGAUUUCAGAAAAAUCAGUCCUCUCAAAUCCAACUUGAUGCUAUGGAAAUGAUGCAGCAAAUGAGCCAAAUGAUGCAACAAACUAUGAACCAAAUGAUGCUGCACCAGAAACAAAUUAUAGAGGCUCUUGGGAAUAAGAGAGAAGAGGGACAGCUACCUAGUCAGCCCAUAGAAAAUCCAAGGAACCGCCCAACAAUAGGAUUUCAGCAAGGGGAGUCUAGUAGCAUGAAUCUAGGAAAAAACCCACGAAAUGAAAAUGUUAGGACAGUGAAUGCAUUAAGGAGUGGUAAGAUCUUAGCUGAUCCUUAUCCCCAAAUAUUAGAAGAAAAAGAAAACGUGGACAACCCAAAACAAAAUCAAAUAGGAGUAGAAGAGGAUUUUAUAGAUUCUACCAAGGAAAUUUCGAAAGAGAGGACAACCAUUCCAUUUCCUAAAGCUCUAGAGCCUAGACAAAGAAAGAAAAAGGAACACAAUGAAGAAAUAAAGAAAAUUUUACAAGAUGUGCAAAUUAGUCUUCUUUUACUUACUGCCAUUGAACAUAUUCCUGAAUAUGCUAGAGUUUUGAAAGAAAUGUGUACACCAAAAAGGGCACCUAGAGUAGAAAAAUUAUCUAUGCAUGCUAGUGCAUUAUUAUUAAAUCAAUUACCAUAUAAAUUGAGAGAUACAGGUGCCCCUUUGAUUUCGUGUGAUAUUGGUGGAUUCAUUUUUCAGAAUACAUUACUUGACACCGGUGCUAGCAUUAAUUUAUUACCUGCAAGUAUUUGUGAUAAAUUUAAUAUUUCUGAUCUUAAACCUUCUACUGUUACCUUACAAUUUGCUGAUAGAUCCAUAAAACAUCCUAAAGGUAUUUUAGAAAAUGUGAUAGUGACAGUUAAAGGGUGUAAAUUUCCAGCUGAUUUCGUAGUACUGGAAAUGGAUUUUAAUGGACAGUUUUAUGAUACACCAAUCAUCUUAGGGAGACCAUUUUUGCAUACAGCAAAGAUGAAUAUUGAUUUUCCCACAGGUAUUGCGAAAAUUUCAUGUGGAGAUCAAUCAGUAGAAAUUAAAAUUUUUGAGAUAUCAAAUGAUAUUAAGAAAUCCCAAGUAUAUGAUUGUCAUACCAUAGAUCUUCUAGAUGAUUUUGAUGAUCCAGAUGUUAUUGAUGACUGUGUGCUGAAAGAAUUAGAGGAAAUAGAGAAUAUAAAUUUAGAAGAAAAGAAAGAGGAAGAUCAUCUGAAUUUAGAGUUGAAACCUCUUCCCUCUAGUUUAAAAUAUAUGUUUUUGGAGGAAAAUAAUUUAUUUCAUGUUAUUAUUGCAGCUGAUUUGAGUGAUGAACAGGAAGAAGAAUUAUUAGAUGUACUUCGAAAAAAUAAGAAAGCUAUGGGCUGGAAAAUGGACGAUCUAAGGGGCAUUGAUAUGAGUGUAUGCAUGCAUAGUAUAUAUUUAGAGGAGGGGGCUAGAACUAGUAGGGAACCACAACGAAGAUUAAAUCCUAACAUGAUGGAAAUUGUAAAAAAGGAAAUUUUAAAGUGGCUGGCUGCUGAUAUUAUUUAUCCUAUUUCAGAUAGCAAAUGGUUUAGUCCUACACAAGUAGUGCCAAAAAAAUCAGGGAUUACGGUUAUAAAAAACGAAAAUGGGGAUGAAAUACAAACAAGACUAACUACCGGUUGGAGAGUUUGCAUUGAUUAUAGAAAAUUAAAUUCAGUUACUAGAAAAGAUCAUUUUCCCCUACCAUUUACUGAUCAAAUUCUAGAAAAAUUAGCUGGAAAAACUUUUUUUGUUUUCUGGAUGGAUACUCUGGUUAUAAUCAAAUUUAUAUAAACCCUUUAGAUCAAGAAAAAACAACUUUCACUUGUCCAUUUGGUACUUUUGCUUUUAAACGCAUGCCUUUUGGUCUGUGUAAUGCUCCAGCCACAUUUCAAAGAUGUAUGCUGUCUAUUUUUUCUGAUAUAAUUGGAAAAUGCAUGGAAAUUUUUAUGGACGAUUUUUCUGUUUUUGGCGAAUCAUUUGAUGAAUGCUUAAAUCAUUUACAGCAUGUACUUGAGAAAUGCAUAGAGAAAAAAUUAGUUUUGAGUUGGGAGAAAUCACAUUUUAUGGUUAAAGAGGGAGUUGUGUUGGGUCAUAUUGUGAGUAAAAGGGGUUUAGAGGUGGAUAGAGCAAAAAUUGAUAUUAUAUCUAAAAUGAAACCUCCAAAUUCAGUAAAACAGAUUAGAUCUUUCUUGGGUCAUGCAGGUUAUUACAGAAAAUUUAUUCAAGAUUUUUCGAAGAUUUCUAAACCUCUCACCAUGCUAUUAUCUAAAGAUAUGCCUUUUAAUUUUGAUGAGAAAUGUUUUGAGUCUUUUUCCGUAAUAAAAAGAUUACUUACUGAAGCACCCAUUUUACAAGCUCCUGAUUGGUCCCUUCCCUUUGAAAUAAUGUGUGAUGCAUCGAAUUAUGCAGUGGGGGCCGUUCUAGGACAAACAAAAGAGUCAAAACCCAUAGUAAUUUCAUAUGCUAGUAAAACUAUAUCCGAUGCUCAAUUAAAUUAUACCACGACUGAAAAAGAGUUGUUAGUUGUAGUAUUUUUGUUAGAAAGGUUUAGAUCAUAUAUUUUGGGAGCUAAAAUUAUUAUUUAUACUGAUCAUGCAGCAUUAAAAUAUCUGUUAAAUAAGAAAGAUGCAAAGCCACGUUUAUUAAGAUGGAUUUUAUUGUUGCAGGAAUUUGACUUAGAAAUAAAAGAUAAAAAAGGUUUCGAGAAUGCUGUUGCUGACCAUCUUUCUAGAUUAAGUGACACAGGAAUAAAUGCAGCACCUUUACAAGACGCAUUUCCAGAUGAACAAUUGAUGGCAGCUCAACAUCAACCAUCACCAUGGUAUGCACAUAUUGUUAAUUUUCUGGUUUCUGGAAAAACUCCAGAACAGUGGGAUAAGAACAGAAAAAAUCAUUUCUUUUCUAAGAUUAGAAAUUAUUUUUGGCAUGAUCCUGAUUUAUAUUACUUGGGCAAUGAUCAAAUUUUAAGGAGAUGUGUUCCUGAAGAAGAAUACCAUAGCAUUAUUAACAUGUGCCAUUCAUCUAACUGUGGAGGACACUUCUCUGGACGAAAAACAGCUGCAAAAAUUUUUCAGUGUGGUUUUUAUUGGCCUACAAUCAUUAGAGAUUCUAUAG